AUGGUGCAAGACAUUCAACGAAGAGAUGACAACGCUGAAGAGAGCAACGACGAUUUUAUUGUGCUUGCUAACCGAGAGGAGCUUCCUGUUGUUGGAGACGCCCGAUACUUCGAUGAUAUCGAGUCAAGAAAUCUAUAUGGUGACUCGCUGCAGAAAAAGGUUGAGGAGGAUCCAAAUGCCACCGAUGCGUGGCUUCUUUUGGCCAUCUACCACCUCGAGCUUGAUGUUGAGCUAAGUGACGAAGCCGCAAACCUUUCUGACAAUGCUCGCUUGCAGCAGCAGCUCGUUUUUCUUUGCAAGGAGCUCAAUGUUAUGUAUCGAAGCGGGACUUCUCGGAAGCUGAAUAUCGAGGAGUCAAAUUUAAAACGGUGCUUGCACACACUUUCUCGAGCUUUAGAAAUCGAAGCCAACGCAUACUGUGAAGCAUUGUGGUUGCUAUAUCUUCAUCUAUGCGGCCAAGUUACCAGCAAGCAGACAGAGAUCGAUACGGUCGAGCAAGCCGUUCAAUUUCUUCCAAGUUCUCAUGUGCUGUGGCUUCGGUAUGUCUCGACGUAUGAUUUUGACUCGGUGGGCAUGGCAGAAGGUAUUUAUUGGAGGUUACUAGAGCAUCUUGCACGAGUGAACUCAGGUGAAGAUGGACAAGCCUCCGACCCAAGCCCCAAAAAGGAGCUAUCUAUUCUGUUGACGGCGAUAUGCUUCCAUCUGUGUAUCAAGUUGUGGCGUGCUGGCGCCACAAAACGCGUUCUCGAGCUUCUUUCGGCGCUUCUGCAGAUUGGUGAUACAAGUUCAGAAUUUGGAUGGUGCAAAAUGGUGCGUAGCCAACUACGCGGCGAUGAAACAGUGGUGAUAUGUCUGGUUUUCGCUCAUGCCUUGCUUUUCAACGAGAUGCCCAAAAUUAUCGAGCACUGGGUUGCUGCAAGCAGUUACGAGGCUGUCCCGAUCAAAAAGAUGGCUUACACUAUUGAAUCUCUCGAGAGUCACCAUAGCACCGUUGACAAAGAUGGUUUCGAUCAAGUUUUUGUGACGUAUGAUCUUGCAUUUCAAACGUAUCAGAGCAAGUGUCAUGGAGUACAGGAGACUGGCGGUGUCGUAUUGAGUAAUUGGAUGCUUUUAUUGUCCCUUCAAGACGAGGGUGGAGAGAGAGACGAGCCCCUGAAAACAUUUCUUGACGACAAAUUGGACAUGAUUAAGCGAUUCCCUGUUGCGUCGCACACUGCGGCGAAACUAUUGAUGGAUAAGCCGAGCGGCGAGCAGCAGGCGCAUCAAAUAAUGCACACGAUGAUGAAUCAGGAUUCUCAAGGUCUGUUUCCAGAGGCCCUUCAUCACUAUUUAUUUGCUUGCCGACAGUCUUCAGCGCUUGUGAGUGCGCUGGACAAGGCAUUUCCAGACGUUAUGCAGCGUCUAGCGUGCCUUUUGAAAGUUGAUACGAACAAGGUGGAGAAGUUUAUUCAAGACAUUAUGCGCGACACCAGUAACAUAUCCAAAGCGCGUGCGUUAAAUGCGCUGUUGGAUGCUUUGCUGGAUGCUUGGAUGGGCCAGCUUUCAGUGCUGCACCGUGACAUGAGCCAAAAGAGCGUCUUGGAACAGCAAGAGAGCCCACGAACAGAUAUUUACGUGGCAUUGGAUAUCUGCCUUUUAAUGGGCAUCUUGCUGGAACCAUCCGCCGCUGUUGACGGACUGCAAAUGGUUUUGAGCUCGUCUCACUUUGGCUCCUUAUCACUCGAAGCGCGGCAGCUCGCUUGGAUGCAACGUUUCGUUUUUGAAGUGGAUCUGCUUCAGCAAGAAGACGUUGGUAGCUCUCCGUGGCGAGAGCACCAAGCAGGGUUGGCAAAAUUGUUUCGCAAGUACGUUGGUGAAAUGAGUGUGGAGGCUGAGAUGUUGCGCCAGGUCUCCAAACAAAUUAAGGAUGACAUGGAGAGAAACGCUGUCGAAGACGCUGUGUGCGGUUGCCUGUAUCCGGAGCGGCAUCAAUUGAUUACAUACGAUGUCAAUAUCGAGAUUUUCCGGCUAUGUCUUGCUGCAGUAGCUGGCCCGGAGCAGACUACCUUUUAUGCGUCUUUCACCGAUUCAUUAGCGCUAUCCUCAGAGUUCUCGCUUGCUUUCUCAGGUACG